GGUCUGCUUUCUCUCUCUCAGAUCAAUAAUGGAGUUAAAGCUCUUAAAGUCAGUAACUCCUUCCGUUUCUACGCCCGUUUCUUCUCCCAACACCCUUUUCGUCACCCGGGUUUGGUCGAAUUCCAACUUCAGAUUUGCCCGAUCAAGGUCACCGAGAAAACUUAUUCUCUCUGUCCAAGCUUCUGCAUCUUCUAAUACCAGAUUAGAGAAUAAGAACAGAGUGGAUGAGAGUGAAAGCUUUACCCUGGACGGUAUAAGAAGUUCUUUGAUGCGCCAAGAAGAUAGCAUAAUAUUUAGCCUGUUGGAGAGGGCUCAGUAUUGUUACAACGCUAACACAUAUGAUCAGAAUGCAUUCUCCAAGAAGGGGUUCCAAGGUUCAUUGGUUGAGUUCAUGGUCAGGGAAACUGAACAGCUUCAUGCAUUGGUUGGUAGAUACCAGAGCCCAGAUGAACAUCCUUUCUAUCCAGCAGACUUACCAAAGCCAAUGUUACCACCUCUGAAAUAUCCACAGGUUUUGCAGCCGAUUGCAGAUUCCAUCAAUAUAAACAAGAAGAUCUGGGAUAUGUAUUUCAAUGACCUCCUUCCAAGAUUGGUUAACAAAGGUGAUGAUGGUAAUUGUGGAUCCUCUGCUGUUUGUGACACCGGUUGUCUCCAGCUACUCUCAAAGCGAAUCCAUUAUGGCAAAUUUGUAGCGGAGGCAAAGUUUCAAGCCGCCUCUAUUGUCUAUGAAGAUGCCAUUAGAGCACAAGACAGAGACCAAUUGUUGGCUUUGCUAACCUAUGAGACUGUGGAAGCUGUAGUCAAGGAUAGAGUUGAGAUGAAAGCUAGAAUAUAUGGGCAGGAGAUAAGAGUCAAUGGAAAGAUAAGAGUCAAUGUAGAUGAUCAAUUGUACAAAAUCGAGCCAAGUAUUGUUGCAGAUCUCUAUGGAGACUGGAUCAUGCCGUUGACUAAGGAAGUUCAGGUCGAAUACUUAUUGAGAAGGUUGGAUUGAAUUAGACAUUAUACGUUUCCUGUUGAGAUCUACAUGAGGUUGGGGAAAGAAAAUAUUGAA